UCAUCUGAGGCAUUCACUUAACGACAACACAACAAAAAUCGUCAAACUCUCUCUGGUUGGCAUCCCCCUUUUUCUUCUUUCUCGAUCCUUCUUUCAAGACAUAGCAUCUUUUACUUGUCUUGCUAUCUCGCCUUUUUUGACAUUCGCAAGAUCGUCCAUUCAGCACUUCAAUCAAGAAAAUAGAAUCUCUUCAUAUCUAAUCAAGUCGCAUUCACUUACGACUUGACAAAGAAUCAUCUCGAUAACAAAUCAGCAAAAUGCAGACUAUCAAAUGUGUGGUCGUGGGAGAUGGUGCGGUAGGAAAAACAUGCCUUUUAAUCUCAUACACAACAAAUGCUUUCCCAGGAGAGUAUAUCCCAACCGUUUUUGAUAACUAUUCGGCAAAUGUGAUGGUGGAUGGAAAGCCAGUCAGUUUAGGUCUAUGGGAUACAGCCGGUCAAGAAGAUUACGAUCGAUUACGUCCGCUAUCUUAUCCGCAAACGGAUGUAUUCUUGAUUUGCUUCUCGCUCGUCAGUCCUCCCUCAUAUGAAAACGUUAGAACGAAAUGGUUCCCAGAAAUCAGUCAUCAUGCGCCCAAUAUCCCAAUGAUCUUGGUUGGAACAAAACUUGAUUUACGCGAUGAUCCAAACACAAUAGAAAAGUUACGUGAACGAAGAAUGGCACCAAUCAGUUAUGCUCAAGGAAAUCAAAUGGCUCGUGAUAUUGGCGCGACAAGGUAUAUGGAAUGUUCUGCCUUAUCUCAAGUAGGUUUGAAAGGCGUUUUUGAUGAAGCAAUCCGAAGUGUUUUGGCUCCCGCUCCGAUCAAGACCAAAAAGCGCAAGAAUUGCACAAUUCUGUAGAGCGCACAUGAAUGAAAGUGUGAGGAGAUGAGGGUACAGUUUCUUUUGUGGAGAGAGUGUUUUUGGGAUAAUUUCCAUCCUUUUAUGUAACGCAAGCGCAAUGUGACUUGGUAAGAUUUAUGGCAAUGAUAGUGUGGUAUUUUGUGGAAAGAUAGCAUUCAUACCCGUUUUCAAGGUGCAAAAUUUUCAACGAUAUGCAUUCAUUGUCAAGAAAAAAAAAGACAC